AUGGACUCCCAAGGCAAUGAGUCAUCCAUGCCCUUCGACUCUCAGUUGGAUACAUGUGUCCUCAUCACUUCCUACAGCAGCCUGGACAUCUCCGGCGUCAUGCUUAGCACCAAAAACUCCCGGCUGCCCCUAUUCCUGUUUGAGCAACUCGACCACGUCGUUCCAAAUCUCGCCGUCGAGGACAGGGAGAGAUUUGUACCCAUGCUGCUCUCCACAGCCCAGAUCCCAAUGGAUCUUGGCACGAUUGUACAACUCAACGAUAGACCCCAAGGACGUUAG